GCCAGCUCUUCGAGGCCCUUCCGGAACUACAAACCGGAUGUCAGUUGGUGUCCGCCCCCGUAAGGUUUCCCGCCCAUGAAGCCGCAAAGGAAACAGCUACAGACAACACCAUUCAUACUUUUCUAAAGAUCCACAUCAAGAAGAGAAGGCUUCAUUCCACUUCUUUUAGAGACAUCUUCCACACAUCCUCUGUCAGUGAUGCCUCGCAUUGAGAAUGACAUCAAGCUGGACUUCAAGGAUGUCCUCCUGCGUCCAAAGAGGAGCACACUCAAGUCAAGGAGUGAGGUGGACCUGACGAGGAGCUUCACUUUCAGGAACUCUAAAGGCAGCUACAGAGGGAUCCCCAUCAUCGCUGCAAACAUGGACACCGUAGGGACCUUUGAGAUGGCACUGGCUUUGCAUAAGUUCACUCUCUUCACCACGAUUCACAAACAUUACUCCCCGGAUGAGUGGGCGGAUUUCGCAAAGAAGAACCCAGACUGUGUGAAGAAUGUAGCAGUCAGCACAGGUACGGGUGACGGUGACUUUGAGAGGAUUUCAGCCAUCCUGGCGGCGGUUCCACAGCUGCAGUAUAUCUGUGUGGACGUGGCUAACGGCUACUCUGAACACUUUGUGCACUUCGUCAAAGAUGUCAGGCAGAAAUUCUCCUCGCACACUAUCAUGGCAGGAAACGUGGUGACAGGAGAGAUGGUGGAAGAGCUGAUCCUGGCUGGCGCUGACAUCAUCAAAGUGGGCAUCGGACCAGGCUCCGUGUGCACCACCCGCAAGAAGACAGGGGUGGGAUACCCUCAGCUCAGCGCUGUGAUCGAGUGUGCAGAUGCAGCCCACGGCUUGGGUGGGCACAUCAUCUCUGAUGGGGGAUGUACUUGCCCAGGAGACGUGUCAAAGGCUUUUGGUGCUGGAGCGGACUUUGUGAUGCUGGGUGGGAUGCUUGCCGGCCACUCAGAAAGCGGGGGCGAGGUCAUCGAGAAAAACGGCAAGAAGUACAAGCUGUUCUACGGAAUGAGCUCCGACACAGCGAUGAAGAAGCAUGCAGGAGGCGUGGCGGAGUACAGAGCAUCAGAGGGGAAGACGGUGGAAGUUGUCUACAAAGGUCCGGUGGAUGUGACGAUACGGGACAUCCUGGGCGGGGUCCGCUCCACCUGCACCUAUGUUGGGGCGGGAAAACUGAAGGAGCUGAGCCGCAGGACCACCUUCAUCAGGGUCACGCAGCAGCUCAACACUGUCUUCGGCAACGACAGCUGAAUCAUUCCAGCUCAAUCCGGCUUCAGAUGGAAAGGAAAGUCAGCAACAGCCCCACGGAUGAGGUGAACAGACACGUUCAUUUAUCCUUAUGAAUUAUCAUUGUGUUCUAAUUGGUGGAACAGAAACUUUAAUGCAGUUUUAGUUGAAUUAGUUUAAAUUGAAAGAGAUUUCCCAAUGCAAGGCCUUGAUGUGUUCUUUUAACAUUUAUUCAAAUCUGUGUUUCUAUGCAUUGUUAGCCUUCUUCACCCACAUAUAGAACAUUUACUGUAUAUUAAUAUGGACGACACGACUCCAUCGGAGAAAAAAAAGUGAAGCCAAAAUUAUGCGUCGAUUGGGAAUGACGUAUCAGAGUGUUUUGGAGCCAAGAGUCGCAAAAGAGGACCUGGCUGAUUGACGUAACACCUCUUCUGCUAAGCACAUAACUUACAAAUGAAAACGACCAAGAUCCCUCAAGUCGAUAGAGACCACAGCAGAACAGAUUCUUAUGUGGAUUUGAAGCGGCCACUCGUAUUCAUGGAAAGUUGAAAGACUUAUCCGUACAUUUUCUCUCGCCUGUGUGCUAAUCUGGUGAAGAACACUUCAGGAGCCUCAUUUGUCAACAGAGCUGUCAAUCAUGAUGUCAAAGCCUCUCUUUUUAACAUCAAAUAAUUAACACGUCUGACUCGGGAGGUUUAGAACUACCUGCUGUGACAGCGACCGUGUUAGAGAAAGAUGUAUCAACCAUGCAUUUUAACUUUCCUGUUCGACCCAUGUGUUCUCAUGGAGGAGGCGGGCUUUACGACAUAUACUGCAGCCAAUCACCAGCAGGUGCUCCACAAGUUUUGGCUUCACUUUGAGGGGAGCUGUCGUGUCGUUUAUAGUUUUAUGCAGUCUCUAAAGCAAAAUUAUAGUAAAUGUUUUAAAUUAUUCAAGAGCCUGAAUUUAGCAGCAGCUGCUGCUGGUUAGGGACUAUUUUUAGAAAUGUAAUCAUUCCGAUUGUGCGUAAGUUUUGCACUUUAACGAUUGAUAAUUUGAGAGUGUAAUAUUUAGUUUUAUUUUAUUUUCCAUGGAUAUGAUUUGAUACUGUCACCUCAUUUCCAAAACCUACUACUGCCAUGUUUUGUUUUUUGAAGGAGGUGAAUUUGAUAUCAAGAAAGUUACAUAUGGACCAGUUUAUGCUUCUGUGGAGGACUACAGCACAAAAUGUGCUGACAUCAUGGGGAAGAUGUGAUUGAAUUCAUGCUCCUGAUCAAGACCAAAGGUUGUGUGGAUAUUUGUCAGUUAUGUUCACAUUAAAGUUAUGAUCCAUUACAGCUGUUA